AUGGAGGGAGGUGGUGCCUGUAGACUUGGUGAUGGUAGUUCUGGAGAGGGCGGAGCUCGGGCCGGAGCUCUUUAUUGCGGCGGCGGGUUUUUAUCGGCUGGAUCAGCGACUGAAGUGCAGUCUUCACAUGUUUGUCGUGAGUUCAGUUCUUCAGAAUCACUGAAAAUCACCAGCACACAUUUCAGAUUGAGCAGAAUGUUCCAGAUGCUUCAGUUCCUGGUUCCCUCAGAACCCAACAGAUCCAGAAACACCUGCAGAUCUCAAACGACUGACAGUUCACAGGAGUUUCUCAAGCACAUCCGGACAGUCAGCGGACUGAGAGAGGACGACGUGUUUCAUAACUUGCGCAUACCAAACCAGCUCCAGACAGACCGAGAUGAGAUCAACCUGGUGAUAAUCACAGGUCACGGUGUGUUUUGUGUGGAUGUGAAGAGCUGGAGCGCAUGUGUUUCUGUACAGGAUGAGACUCACUGGCUCCUGCAGGUGAAAUCAGAGCAGAAGAACGUCACUAACAUCUAUGUGGAGCAGGUGCCUGAUGCUCUGAAGAACAUCACUAUGAAGACUAGGAACCUGUGUAGUCACAUGACACGCUGUGGUCUGAACAUCCGGCCGGCUCUUUUCUAUCCCAGAAUCCUCUUCCUGUCAUCAGAAUGUGUUCUCAGUGAAGAUCUGAAGAACAGAAGUGAGCUGGUGUCCCACACUGAUCUUCACAUGUUCCUCAGAUCCAUCACAGAAACACAUGUGUCCUGGCUCUCAGAUGUCUUCAUCCCGUCCUGGAUCUCCGGUCAUUUGUCGUACAGUCAGAUGCGAGCGAUUCGAGAGCGACUGCGACUCAUGAAGACGUGGGAUCUGCUGCAGCUGCGCAAUGGGACACAACUGAAGGGCGACUAUCAGAACUGUAAACAUCUCAACAUCAACAGACACGAUACAGAACAACUGAACUUCAGCAGAGGACGAACUGUCACUGACAUACUGUGGAGUCUCCUGGGACACACACCACAGGUGACCGUCAGGAUGUAUAAACGUGGAGCUCCGGGUUGGCUGGGUAAACCGCUGAUCGCCACGGCAACCAUCCCAUCGACCUCACAUGCAAUGUUCCGCAUCCGUGGAGAAGAAACAGACACACAGAUACCAGCACAUGACAUUCACUCCAUCACACUGAGUAUCUAACCUCAAACUCCCUCAGAUUUAUGUGUUUUAAACUUUAUACUCAAGAAAUGUAAAUGAGUUUGCAAAUCAGCCUUUGACUUCAACAUCAUGUGAUUUAUCAUGGCAUGUAUUUUAUUUCUCUGCAUGUUUCUCACAAUCUCGCUACAUGUCAUUAGUAUUUUUUAAAACAUUUUUUACAUUUAAAUUUUUUAACCAAAUUUGCUAUUUGAAUAGAUUCAUGUCAUGUCAUAUUUUAUUCACCUUUAUGUUGUUCUAAACCCAUAUGGCUUUCUUCAGUGGAAAAUAAAAGGGGAUGUUUAGCAGAAUGGAUUUUCAAUGAAUACAUUUCUUAUCUACCAUAAUGAACCCUUUAAACUCGGAUGGCGAAUAUAGUGAAUAAUAGUUAAGUAUAUGUCUUUGACAAUUAAGUUGGCGUUGCUUAUAUGCCAAGUUGAUUAAAUGACUUCAAAAGACUUUGAAAAUACUGCACGAGUCAUAUGGACAGCUGUUAUGGUACUUUCUUUGGUACUUUUGUUAUUUUUGGAGCUUGACAGCCUCUGGUCACUGUACACUCUUAUUGUAUGUUAAAGAGCAGCAUUAACAUUCUGCUAAACAUCCCCAUUUGUGUUCCACUGAAGAGAGAAAUUCAGAUGGGUUUGGAACAACAUGAGAGUGAGUAAAUCAUGACAGUGUUUAUUUUUGGGGGAAUUAUUCCUUUAAUAUCAUGACUUGAAAAGAGUCAUAUUGAUUAUAAAAGUUUUCUUGAAAAUAAUUUUUUUCUCCCCAAUUUGGAAUGCCCAAAUCCCAAUGCGCUCUAAGUCCUCGUGGUGGCGUAGUGACUCGCCUCAAUCCGGGUGGCAGAGGAUGAAUCUCAGUUGCCUACACGUCUGAGACCGUUAAUCCGCGCAUCUUAUCACGUGACUUGUUGAGCACGUUACCGCGGAGACGUAGCGUGUGUGGAGGCUUCACGCUAUUCUCCGCGGCAUCCACACACAACUCACCAUGCGCCCCACCGAGAGCGACAACCACAUUAUAGCGACCACGAGGAGUUUACCCCAUGUGACUCUACCCUCCCUAGCAACCGGGUCAAUUUGGUUGCUUAGGAGACCUGACUGGAGUCACUCAGCACGCCCUAUUUCUAAGAUUUUAAUGUUUGAUCUUUUACUUCUUUUGUGUGUUAAUUUUGAAUAAAUAAAAUGUCAUGCUAUUUUAAACGGCUGUAUUGCAAUGAAAAUAUAUAAUUCUGUUGUGUGU